AUGGCGGAUAUCUUUCAAAAACUGAACGAAUUAAAUUUAUCAUUGCAAGGUAAACAGACAACAGUGUUCCAGGCCUGUAACAAAAUAACUGCCUUUAAAAGAAAAUUAGAUUUUUGGAUUAUUUGCGUUAGUAAGAAAGAAAUAGAAAGCUUUAUGUUACUCAGUGAGUUUGUUAGCGACAACGACUCAGAAAUGUUUCAAGAUGAUGUAUUUGAACAAUUGGUCCAAUAUCUCACUUCGAUGCGCGCAUCUUUUGAGAAGUAUUUUCCCGAAGAACAGAAUACAAAAUUGAAACUGAAUUCAUGGAUUCAUAAUCCUUUUUUACCCACCUUGCAAAAGCCCGAAAAUCUUAAAAGCCCAUCAGGAAAAGGUAAAUGUCUUAUAAUUCUUCAUGCUGAAUGUGAACAAGGAUUUGUUAAAGACGCAUUACUCGUUUUCGAAAGUAAAAAAACUGAAAAUUGUCAUGAGGAUAUGAAUGGGACAGUGUUUGAACAAUGGUUUUCUGAAUUUCUAAAAAAAUUGCCAGAUGGUGAUGUAAUUGUAAUGGACAAUGCAUCCUACCAUAGCCGUCGAAUAGAAAAGGUUUCCACAACAUGUUCAUUGAAAAAAGAUAUGCAGGAUUGGUUACGAUUAAAAAAUAUAGAAUUUGAUAUGGGUAUGGUUCGAUCCAAACUUAUUUAUAUAAUAAAUCAAUAUAAAGAAAAAUUCAACACAUAUGUUACUGAUGAAAUGGCACAACAAAAUAAUAAAGUUUUGUUAAGGUUACCGCCAUAUCACUGUGAAUUAAACCCUAUAGAAUUAGUUUGGGAUCAAGUAAAAAAUGAGGUGGCAACCAAAAACGUUACAUUUAAAUUAAAAGAUGUAAAAGAGUUGUUAAUGGAAGCAUUGGAUAAUGUUAACAAUAUUAAUUGGCAAAAUUGUAUUGUACAUGUAUUAAAAGAAAAAGAAAAAAUGUACAAAUUGGAUGGGAUUAGCCAAGCAGCACAGUGUCGUUAUAAUGACGUCAAUUAUUGGACAUUAUUAGUCGGCGACGUCAACAAUGGUGGAAUUUCUCUUGUUCACUCUGCCUGGUUAACACCGCUUAAACGAGAAGUCUUUUGGCCGCCAAAACAGACAACCGGAAAUUUUAUAAAAUUAUUAAAAUCUGGACAAGAGCCUCCCCAGGAUAACAGCUGGAAACUUCACCAAAUUAAGCGAAUUUUUUUCCAGACUGACGACUAUAAGAUUGCGGAGAAAAAAAUUAAAAAGGCUGAAAUUACCUCAGAUUUAACUACAGAUGCUGAGGAUUCAGCAAUUAUUUCACCUCGAAGGAAAAUACGUCCAAAGAAAUUUUCCACUGAUGAUGAGCAGGAAGAAGUGCUGUCAUCAUCAGAAGAUGAUUUUCCAAAAAACAAGAAACCCCUACCUAGACCAAAACCAAUAAUACGGAAGUCUAUUACAAACAUAUUAUCUGAUUAUUCUGGCCCAAUUCAAACUUUUCCAUUAGCUUCAGCUGGACAAUCGCAAAGGUCGUUUGAGGAUAGUGAUUCUACAAAUCAACUUUAUUAUUUGCCACCUCAACAUUCAGCAAAAGAUACUCAAUUGACUAAAUCUUCAGGACAAAUUAUUAGAGGUUCUGCGUCAAAUCAGUCAUUUUGCCAGGCUGCUGUUUCGAACUCGUCACCAUAUAAUCCGUCAACUAGUAAAGCAACUGAUGUACAGAGCAACAUCAGAGCUGUAGUGGAAAGUAAUGGAGCAAACACUCAAGAUGAUGUAAUCACUUUAUUGAAGACCAUUAGAGAACAGAACAAUCAAAUUUUGCAGUGGAUCCGAAAACAAGAUCGCAGUGGCAAUCACGCCAGUAAUACAGAUUUACCAGAUGAUAUAGGCGUACAGUUUCCUUUGAAUUCUCAAGAGGAUAUUACCAAAUUGGAAACAUACCUGAGUGUAAAAAAUAAUUGCCUGGCUUUGUCGGCAUAUCUAUCGACUUUUGGAGGGAGAGAUUUUACUGGACAUACAAACCGCAUUUUAAAUUUUUUGUUCACUUAUUCUCUUGCAACUAAUUGGAAUUUUUGUGGCAAACGAGGUGAGAAAAAGGCUUUUAAAAACUUAAACGUAAAGGAUGUGAUUAUUGGUGCUGUAAGAAAAAGCUCCCCUCUAGUCAGUCAGAAAGAAAUAGAAGAUACCAUCAAGGUGUGGUUGAAACAUGCACCAGAGAAAUUGAAAAAGCAGCAGCAUGGCAACCCGUAAGAAAAAAAGUGUUGUUAGUCAAAGACAACUCUACAGAAGGGUGGCAGAAGCAAAUUUAGCACCUGUGAGUCAGAAUUGUUAUAAUACAUCUUUAAUAGUUAAUAAUGAUUCCAAUGAAUCAUCAUAUUCCGUUUUUUUUGCUGAUUCAAUGUGUGAAAGUGAAAAUGACACCUGUUCCUCAAGAGAUUUAGAUUUUAAUGUAAACUCGCCUAAUGAAAAUUUGCUCUUCAAUGAUGCGACGUUAUACAACCAUUUGACUUCCUAUUCCAGUAACGUGCCCCCUAACGAUUUAUUUUCUAAUGAACCGCCGCCUAGCGAUUUGCAUUCGAAAUUGUCAAACUGGGCAGCUUCAAGGUACGUUCGACGUACAGUAGUUACUCAUCUCUUGCAUAUCUUCAUCCAUACCAUAAUGAGUUACCGUUAGACAGUCGAACGCUGCUGAAAACGCCCAGAGAAACGAAAACAAAAUCGUUGUUAAAUGGCGAAUAUUGUCAUAUUGGACUUGUUAACGCUUUAAAAUUAAAGUUAUUGUCAGUGCCUAAUAUUUCUCAGUACAGCAUUAUCAACAUUUCAUUUAAUGUAGAUGGACUGCCCAUUUAUAGAAAUGGUCAGAAACAUGAUCUCUGGCCCAUUUUAGCACUUGUAAAAAAUUUUAAGAGUGAGCCGUUUGUUGUUGGUUCUUUUUUAGGAAGUGGCAAACCAAAUUUAUUGUCAGCGUUUUUAGAAGAUUUUUUAAUUGAGUUAUCGAACUUACUUACCACGGGCAUUGAAAUUAAUAAUAAUAUCCAUGAAGUAAAAGUUCACAGCUUUGUUUGCGAUGCUCCUGCGCGCGCAUAUCUGAAAUGUGUGAAGACCCAUUCAGGGUAUAGUUCCUGUGAAAGGUGCGACAACUCUGGAGAACACCUGGGACGUGUCAUUUUCAAAAAUUUACCUUUUAACAAGAGAGACAACGAAUCUUUUCGGACUAAAAUUGAUGUAUCUCAUCAUCAUGGAGAAUCUCCUCUAAUAGCUCUUCCUAUAGAUUUGAUCUAUGUCUUUUCUUUAGACUAUAUGCACCUAGUUUGUCUAGGUGUAAUGAAAAAACUUUUGCGUAUUUGGACAGGACGCGCAAGCCGAGCCAAAAUGAGCUCUACUGCAUUUCAAAAUGUAUCUGAAAAAAUUGUUUUUCUCAGUAAAUGUAUUCCAGUAGAAUUCAAUCGGAAAGGGCGCAGUUUGUCUCAGUUGGCAGAUUGGAAAGCAACGGAAUUUCGAACAUUUUUACUGUAUAUUGGGCCAGUUGCUUUGUAUGGGAAUGUCGAUUUGGCAAUAUAUGAGCAUUUUUUGCUAUUUCAUUGUUCAAUUAUGAUACUUAUUUCUAAACGCCAUAUUGAAAAAUUCGGAGUUCCAUUUGCGCGCCAACUUUUGCAUUUAUUCGUAACGCACAGUGAAAAGAUCUACGGAUUAGAGUUCUUAGUUUACAAUGUACAUUCCUUAUUACAUUUGGCAGAUGACGUUGAAAAUUUCGGGCCACUAGACAAUUCGUCAGCAUUUCCAUUUGAAAAUUAUCUCCACCAUUUAAAAUCGUUAGUUCAGUCUCCGAAUAAACCGUUACAACAGAUUAAUAGACGCUUAAAAGAAAUUGAAAUGACAGUGUACGAAAAACAUGACUCUACUUCACCUGAUGAUGAACACUUCUGUAAAUGUGAAUUGUCCCAUUUCUUAGGACCAACGCCAAAUUUCUCUUGCAAGCAGUAUAAAAAGCUUCAUUAUAAAGAUUUUAUUUUUUCUAUUGCAUCAUAUUCAGAAGCAAAUUGUUUUUGUCUUACCUUAGACGGACUGGUUUUCAAAAUAGAAAAUAUAGUAGUGGAUAAUAAUGGAGCAGUUUUUAUAUUAGGUAGGAGGUUUCAGGAUUACCGUUCAUUUUACAAAUACCCUGUCGACUCAAAAGAAUUCUAUGUUUAUCGCAUCCAAAAUUUAUCAGAGUAUAUCGAGUUAUUGCACUGCCACAAAGUUUUUUCGAAAUGUAUUGUUUUUCCUUUCAAGCAGGAAUGGUUGUCAUUUUCAUUUGCAUCAUUAGUAAUUCCUUAUUUCAACUUUUAUGUUCUAUAAGUGUAAUAGUAUGUAGUUUUUUAAGAUUUUGUAAUAAACUGGUAUUAAUUUGAA